AACCACACAAGCUUCUCUCUCACGAUCACUCUACUGAAAUAUAUAUCUAUCUACUUCAAAUUUACAACUUCAAAUUUCCACUUCAAUGGCGGCAUCGUCUUCUACGAUGCUUCUUCUCCCUCCUCCACAUCCUUCUUUCCUCUCUCGCAAUUCUCUACCUUCUCUCCACGCUUACCCUAUUUCUCUGCUCAAAACAACCACCGCUCCAUAUAGACUCCACUUAUCUUCACGACGCCAUCUAUCUUCAAUCUCCGCUGCACUAAAGGCACUUGUAUUUGAUUGCGACGGCGUCAUAUUAGAUUCGGAGCAAUUUCAUCGUCAGGCUUACAACGAUGCAUUCUCUCAUUUCAACGUUCGAUCUCCUUCUUCUUCCUCACAACCUCUCAAUUGGAGUCUCGAGUUCUACGACAAGUUCCAGAAUCUAGUCGGUGGUGGAAAACCUAAAAUGCGAUGGUAUUUUAAUGAGCACGGUUGGCCAUCUUCAACAAUAUAUGAUUCACCUCCUGAGGACAGUUCUGAUCGUGAAAAAUUGGUUGAUAUUCUACAGGAUUGGAAAACUGAAAGGUACAAGGCAAUUAUUAAAUCAGGAACUGUGGAACCUAGACCAGGAAUCUUGAGAUUAAUGAAUGAGGCUAAAGCUGCUGGGAAAUUAUUGGCUGUUUGCUCUGCUGGAACUAAAAGUUCGGUCAUACUAUGUCUUGAAAACAUUAUUGGAUUAGAAAGAUUCACGAAUCUUGAUUGCUUCCUUGCAGGCGAUGAUGUGAAAGAAAAGAAGCCCAAUUCAUCCAUUUACAUUACAGCUUCUAAGAAACUAGGCGUCUCAGCUAAAGAAUGUCUGGUGAUUGAAGAUUCAGUUAUUGGACUACAGGCAGCAACAGGAGCAGGAAUGCCAUGUAUUAUAACACACACAUCUUCAACAGCUAACCAGGAUUUUAAAGAAGCAGUUGGCGUCUAUUCAGACUUGGGCAAUGUUAGGUUAGAGGAUUUGGAGUUGUUGCUCGAGAAUGUUGUGGCAACCACCUAAGAAUUUGCUCAAUCAUUUUUUACUUCUAUAUAUAUAUAUAUUACAUAUUGUUCACUCUAGUUAAUGAAAUUCAAUGAUUUUCAAAUAAAUAUAUUUAUAAUUUUAUUUUAUUUUUAA